UGGAGGACACCUAUAGGGGUCCUUCGUAGGGCUGACGCUGCUCGGUGGUCUAGAGCUUCCGGUUUGGGACCCGUUUGUGUGACAGAGACCGGAGAAGCUGCAAUCAUGUUGGACAUAUUCGCCUCCAUUCCCACUCAGAUGGAUUACAAAGGCCAAAAACUUGCGGAACAGAUAUUCCAAGGAGUCAUUCUCUUUUCAGCAGUUGUCGGCUUCAUCUAUGGCUAUGUGAUUGAACAGUUUGGAUGGACCGUAUACAUCGUAAUUGCUGGCUUUGCUGUGUCUUGCUUGUUAACACUUCCUCCGUGGCCCAUGUAUCGUUGUCAUCCACUGAAAUGGCUUUCCGUCCAGGACAGUGCUACAGACGAGAAGAGACAGCAAGAAAAAAAAUUCAAAAAGCACAAGUAAUUUUGACACUUAAGGGCCCAACUACCAAGUCACAUGACCAUCAGUGAAAAAUGGACUUGAACUGAUAUUCUUUCUGCUAAGCAGAAAAUUGUACUGAUAGAAAUUGUUACGGUAUUGUAUAAACGUCCAAUAAAAUGGCCACGCUGUUGUUUA